AUGGGAGACGCCAACAUGAAGGGGAAACCCCAUCCACUUGAUCCUCUGCGACCAGAAGAAAUCAGCCAGGCCGCCGGAAUCGUCCGUGAGUCGAACCACGGCAAGAAGAUAUUCUAUCGAGCAAUCUCUCUCGUUGAGCCACCAAAGAAAGAUCUGGUCAAGUUCCUCGACAGCGAGCAUGGCGGUAAUAGAGAUGCCGUCCACCCGGAAAGACAGGCCAGAGUGCAGGCUUACGUCGCCAAAACUUUGCACGAGAUGAUUGUCAACUUGGACACUGCGACCGUCGCUUCUACCACCCCGCUGCCAGGUCGCCAUUCCUUCAUCGACACUGACUUUAUGGCACAAGUUGAUGCGGCUUGCCUGGCAGAUGAGAACAUUCAACGCGAGAUCAGUGCCCUCAAACUACCAGAAGGCGCUACCGUUGUCGUUGAGCCAUGGGCAUAUGCUACCGACGGCAUGAAGGAUAUGAAAGACCGCUGGACAAUGGCAUGGUUUUAUAUGCGACUCUCUGACAACCCCGACGCGAAUUACUAUGCCUACCCGUUGGACAUAUGUGCGGAGGUAUCUAACUCCCUCGAAGUGGUCAAAAUCUACCGACUGCCUUCUGGAGAGCACGAUAAGCUCAGUGACGAGGGCAAGGAAUUUGAUCGCCGCAAAAUCCAUUCCAACAGCGAGUAUCAUCCAGAUUUCGUACAAGAGCGCAGGACAACGACAAAGCCGUACCACGUCUCCCAGCCCGAGGGUCCGUCGUUCAGUAUCGAGGAAAACCAUGUUUCUUGGGAAAAGUGGACAUUGAGAGUCGGCUUCAACUAUAGAGAGGGCAUGACUCUUCACGACAUCCGUUUCGAGGGCCGCAGUCUAUUUCAUCGUCUAUCUCUAGCCGAAAUGUUCGUGCCUUACGGAGAUCCUCGAUGCCCCUACCCUCGGAAAGCCGCUUUUGAUUUGGGAAACGACGGCGCAGGAAUCAACGCCAAUAAUCUCAAGUUGGGCUGCGAUUGUCUCGGGCAUAUCAAGUACUUUGACGGCUGGCUCAGCACCUCAUCCGGAGAACCUUUGAAGAUGCCAAACGUUAUUUGCUGUCACGAAAUUGAUGAUGGUAUUCUUUGGAAGCAUACAAACUUCCGGACGGGGAACGCUGUAGUCACGAGAUCUAGAGUUCUGGUACUGCAGACAAUCAUCACGGUCAGCAACUACGAGUACAUCUUCCUCUUCUAUUUUCAGCAGGAUGGGUCCAUCUUCUACGAAGUCCGUGCCACGGGCAUCAUGUCGACAGCACCAAUUGAUCUUGACACCAAGGUUCCAUGGGGGACCAUUGUCGCCCCAGGUGUGUUGGCGCCGUAUCACCAACACAUCUUCUGCUUGAGGAUGGACGCUGCUAUCGAUGGGCCUCAAAACUCCUUGGUUGUCGAAGAGUCUCACCCGAUUCCCUUCAGUGGAGAGACAGACACGUAUAACCCUUUUGGUGUAGGAUACACCACAACGUCACAAGUCAUUGAGAAAGAGGCAGGCUUGGAUCUCGAUUUCAACACGAACAAAACUUUCAAGAUUGUCAAUGAGAAUGUCACCAAUUCAACUACAGGAACUUCUGUCGGCUUCAAGCUUCUACCCCACUACAGCCAGCUUCUCCUCGCCCAGCCAAACUCAUGGCACGGCAAGCGUGCAAGGUACACAUCUCACGCUGUCUGGGUGACACGACAUCACGACGACGAAUUCUUCCCGGCCGGGAGGUUCACCAUGCAGUCAACCGGAGACGAUGGCAUCGGAUCCUGGAUAGAGCAACGGAAGGACGGUGACUCGUCUUCGGUGCGCAACGAGGAUAUCGUAAUCUGGCACACGUUUGGGUCUACGCAUAACCCUCGUAUCGAAGACUGGCCGGUGAUGCCGUGCGAGAAAAUGAUGAUAGGGCUGAAACCGGUCAACUUCUUUCAGGGUAACCCUGCUCUUGAUGUGCAGAUUUCAACACAGGAAAAAAACCGUAGUGUGCUGGUGCACGGUGCUGGUUGUGAGACUUAG